ACGUGGGAACUGGCAGGAAUACGUCUGCAAAUAUUGCGAUAUGAAGGGACACGUUAUUCGUUUCUGCCAUAUUCUCGCCAAGGACGCGAAGGACCAUAUCGUCUUCACGACGAUUCGAGGAGAAGUCUUUGACUUCGAGGGAAAUCUCAUCGAUCAGGAUAUUGAAGGAGGAAUGAGAAAAGAGGCUUUUCGACGGAUGGGCCGUCCUCUUCUGGCUACAUUCCGGUUAGCUUCUCCUGAAGAAGCAAACCUUUUUGAAUUAGAAGAAACAAUGGCUUCUUUGGAGAUUGGUGGGUGUGACGAAAAAGAGUUGGAGGAAAGGAAAGAAGACAUUGCUCAUCGGACGCGAGAAGUGACCAAGAAACUGGAUAAAUGUCGAGAUUCCAUUGUUCAAUUAUGUGUUGACAUGGAAGAAGUCUGUCCGAAUCUUCCUAAUGUGUUCCUUUUUGGUGGAUGGGGGAACGAAGGUCAAGACGGGUCAGCACCUGUGGCCGCUUCGGCACUUGAAGCAACGCCGAUGACACGACUAAUGAUGAUGUCCACACCUAUACUGAAGCGAGGGAUGCCAACCGUCAUGGUGCAGACGAGGAAAGGAAGGAAGACCUCACAAUCGCAGCCUGCGCCAGGAGAAAGUUCAAAGGAACCUCAGGAAAAAAAACCUAUUCAGGUAGAAGAAGGGGAUGAUGAUGAGGAGGAUGAAAGAUUGCGAGCAAAGGGUGAACUACUAGCAAAGCAGAGAGCUAUGGAAAGGGCGUCGGAAGCAGGGAAGACCCAGGUCGAGGAAGAAGAACCUCGCAAAAAGAAGAACGUGUACUCAAUCCCUGUAGAACAAGGGAUUGAUUUUGAACAGCUGGUGGAUCGUAUUCUGGAAAGUCAGCGUGAUCUGGUUACCCUGAAGGAGAUUCUUGCAGUAUCGCCGAAACUCCGCGAGGAAUUUAAGCAGCGCAUGACUCGAAAGAAAGUCAUGACAGUCAAGCUGAGUGAGAUCAUCCCUCCAGAAGCUAACAGGGCACCUCUUGGCACGAAGAUGGACUGGCGAUGCGUGGCCACGGGUCUCAUAAAAGUUCAAAUUGGCCGUGAAGAGUUCUCUGCCUUCGUAGAUGAUGGGGCCGAAAUGAACAUCAUGAGAGAGAGACAUGCGAUUGAAGCUGGGAUUCAGAUCAAUCGCAAUGACUUUGGAUUUUUUAUUGGAGUCAGCGGGGCAACGCCAUUUUGCGGUAUGGAGAAGAGUCACAGUUGAGUAUUAACUCAUACAAUUAUUUGGCGGAUACAACAAACCGGAUUGAGAAUC